AUGGUUGACUACUAUAGAACACUUGGAGUUACACGAACUGCUUCUGAAGCAGAAAUAAAAAAGGCAUAUAGAAAACUUGCUCUCAAGUGGCACCCUGACAAAAACCCUGAUAAUGCUGAUGAAGCAAAUCGAAGGUUCAAGGAGAUAUCUGAAGCAUAUGAAGUUUUAUCAGAUGAAAGAAAACGUCGCGUUUACGAUCAAUAUGGCAAGGAAGGGUUAAACAGCAACAGAGGACGACGAUCUACCUCGGAUGAAGAUUAUGAGUUUGGCUACCAUAGUUUCCCUUUCACAUUCCGCGAUCCAGAGGAAGUGUUUAGAGAAUUCUUUGGUGGAGCACCGUUCAGUGAUCUUUUUGGAGAGCUCAAUGGUCAUGGAAACCACAGACACGGUCGUCGCAGCCACCACCCAGGCACCUCGCUCACUUCGACACUCUUUAGCCCGUUCGGAUUCGGAAUGCAGGGUUUGGACGAUAUAUUUGCUCAUGCUACAUCCAAUGGGAAUGCCUUCACUUCAUUCUCCACAUUUAACAGUUCCCUGGCUGGGCCUGGAAGUGCUAAUAUGAGAAGCACUACCACCACUACUCGCGUUGUCAAUGGAAAGAAAAUUACUACAAAAAGGGUAACGGAGAAUGGCCGAGAAACAGUAAUGUCAUACGAGAAUGGCGUUCUAAAAUCAAAGACUGUCAAUGGUGUACCUCAAUCUCUAACAUACAGUUAA